GUCACCCCCAGCAGGCGCCGGCUGGAGCUCGGGCACCCAGCAUGCAGGCACAGCUUCUGUGGAGGACGCUGCCCAGUCUGGUCCUUGGACUCCUGUUCCUGAGCAUGCCAGCCAUGGGCAGCUGUUCGGAUAAGUAUCCAGAGCUCCUUGGGCAGCUCCAGAAGCAGGCGGACUUCAUGCAGCACACCAACACGCUCCUGGACCUUUAUAUCAGAAGCCAAGGCCUGGACAAGAAUGGGCUGAAGGAGCACUGCCGGGAGCGCCCCGGGGCCUUCCCCAGCAAAGAUGCCCUGCAGAGGCUCAGCAGGCAGGUGUUCCUGCGGACCCUCGACACCACGCUGGGCCACGUUCUGCUCAGACUGGCUGCCUUAGAGCAGGACAUCCCCAAAGCCCAGGACUUGGAGAUGCUGAGUGGGGUGAAGCUGAACAUUCGCGGGUUCAAGAACAACAUCCACUGCAUGGCACAGCUCCUUCCAGGCUCCUCGGAGACGACUGAGCCCACUCCAACCAGCCCAGGGGCUUCUCCAUCACCCACCCCCACCUUAGACACCUUUCAGCGCAGGCUGGAGGGCUGCAGGUUCCUGCAUGGCUACCAUCGCUUCAUGCGCUCUGUGGGGCAGGUCUUCCGGGAGUGGGGGAAGAGUCUAAGUCGGAGCCGGAGGCACAGCCCCCACCAGGGCCUGCUGAAGGGAGCCCGCAGGAUGCAGCUCUCUGGGAGGAACAAGAGACUCAUGCCCAGGGUGCAGCUGGCCCCUGGUAGCCAUAGGGGCGCCCCUGGAGGAUAGAGGACCCACAGGUAUUCUAUAAGAUGGUAUCUGCCUCAGACCUCCAAACGUACCCACCCUGCUUCCCCACGUCUCAGAAGUGCACUUAAGGGGGUGGGAGCUAGGCAGGCCCUUUUACCUCCUCCAGGGUGGAUUGGAAGGGUCGGGCCAUUGAGCCCCUAGCCCUGAGUUCCCCAGUCUUGGUGGGGUGGCCAGGUCAGGCCACAUGGGGCCAAAUUUCCAUUGAUUCAGGGGUCUGAUGACACAGGCUGACUCAUGGCCAGACUGACUGCCCCCCCUGCCCUGCUCCCCAGAGGCCUGCCGGCCCUUCCCUCUCAUGACUUGCAGGGCUGUUGCCCCCAGACUUCCUCCUUUCCAUGGUGGCAUGGUUCUGAGGGGGAGGUCAGGGCCUGAGCUGGCCUCUUACGCCUCAUUGCCUGUCUCAGGCCAGACACCUGGACAUCUGGGUGACCUCACUUUAGGCAGCUGUAACAGGGGCAGAGUGUCCUAGGAGGAGCACUGAUCUGGGGCGUCUAAGAACAGGGCUCAGGUCUCAGCUCAACCCCUAACUUGCUGUGUGGUCUUAGGCAGGCCACUUUCCUCUCUGGACCUCAGUUUUCUCUUUGUGAUUCAAGGGGGUCGGUGCAAAGCCUUCUAGGCUUGCCAGUAGCUGGGAUUCUAUGACAUAGAGAGGGUAUCAAAUGCAGUGCAAAUGGACAUGGCCUGAAGACUUGAGUUCUCUAUAGACCUACUACUACUGCCUGGAAGCCUGGGGUCUUGGGUCCCAGCUGCUGGCUGCUCCCCCUGGUGGUGCAUCAUGAAAUUUUCUCACGCAGAAAGCCUGGUUCUCUGAAAGGGGGGCCCAAAAGCUGCUGGGCCAGUUCUUUGGAAGGAUAUGACUAAUUUAUCGAUUUUUAUCAGUUUUUAUCAUUUUUCAUAUUUAUAAGGCUUAUUUAUGAUGUGUAUUUAAUGUUAAUA